CGUCAUCUCCGGGGCGGUCCGGGCGGGGCCGGAGCCCUGGCGGCUGCUCUGAGCUGUCCUGGCUCUCGGUCGUGCUGCUCCACUGCUGGCCACGUCCCCACACCGACCGCGGGCGCUUCCCCGCCGCCCGAGGGCCGCCGGGCCGCCGCAGGCCUGCCGCGCCCGGAUGCAGCUGUCACCAGAGUGGAGCAUCCGCCUGGGUCCCACGUGUGCCACAGAGUGUGCCAUGGCCUGGAAGUGCCCCUCAGAGCCACUCUCGCCUCCUGCAAAGCGCAGCCUGCCCUGGCGAGCACACGGUGCCAGGCCCACAGCUCUCCAAGGAAGAUGGUCCAGCCUGGGGGCACCCUGAUCACCUGCUACUUGUGGACCCCAUCCGUCUUUCAGAUCGGGGCUCAGGUGUUACUUACCCCGGAAACGUAGCCUUCGCCGCCUGCCCAGGCCCCUGGAGACGUCGAAGACGACGUGGAUGAGCUCAGUGAUUGGAAGGCCGUGGCGCUGCAGACGUAGCCACGUCUGGGCCCUCUCCCUGCUGCUCUUUCAAAUUCUGAACUCUGGGACCGCACAGCGAGACACAGUCAAAACUGGGUCAAGAAGUGCUUGAGACCCGUCGAAGCAGGCACUGGGCGGGUCACUGGACACCUGGCUGAGAUGCUCUGCUCCUCCUGGGCGCCAGGCCACGGUGCAAACACUUGGCUCGGUUGGCACCCUGGGCCCUGCCGGAGCCCUCCGCAACCAGGGCAGUGCCCUGGACGAGGCCGCGUGCGACUGACCCAGCGCCCUCCCUCUUGACCACAGAUCUCCCGGCCACCCAGCAGGGAACCGUUAGCAGCCUGAGGAGCGGCCGGCUGGGAGCUUCGGGGACCGCUCAGCCUUGCUCCCCGCACACCCACAAGAUGUGGGCAGCCCUCGUGCUCGUGUGGAUCUCCUCCUGGUCCUUAUGUGAAAGCCAGGCGGCUCCCCAGCACCCACGGUACCCAGUCCUCAACGAGACGGAUGAUUCAGAGAAAAACUCAUCCGCCGAAACAGUUACACGAGCCUUUACUAACACACCUGCAAGGAUGACCUCGGCAGCACCUUCUCCCAUCGCGUUGACCAAAGGGACUUGGGCAGGCAGCUCCACCUCUCCUGCGGUCCCCGCAGGGACCACACACAGGACAGACAUGGGCGCUUCAGUGACAGCAGAAGGGACCCCUGACAGAGCUGCCUCCAGGGCGCUCACUCUGUCCUCCCCAGUGUCUGCCUGGCAGACCCCGUCCCCCAGCACUGCCCGCAGCCCACCCCACACCCCGGCGCCUGAUGGCAGCACGUGGUCAAGGCCAGUGACGCCAACGAUGCCCAUGCCACCCACGCCGGCCACAGGUGCUCAGACCAGUGCUGUGACCCCAGCAAGUGCCAGCGGCCCCACAGAUACACACAGUCCUCCCACGCACACCCCCAGUCACUCCACAGCCAGCCCCGUGACCCCGAGUUCCCAAGCACUUAAUGUGUCCACACGAGGCCCCACCAUCCAGACGCCGCUGGCCCAGACUGUGGCUGACAUGGCAAGUGGGCCCGCACCCACCCUCUCGAACACAACCUCAGAGCCCACCACACCCUCCUUGGCUUCUGUGCCCACGACAGUGGGGACCACAACCAAGACAUCCGAGCCAGCUGCCAGCACAGCACCUGCAUCUCACACCAGCCUGGUCCCCAAAGUGGAGUCCCCAGCCCUCACGACGCGGCCAGGCCCUCCCGCGUCCACGCCAGGGGCCACGGGCCCAGGCACAACUCAGGCACCAGAGCAGCCCGAACCUGAACCCAUGCCUGGCACGGCUUCCACGGGGCCGCCCCCUGGGAGCUCAGGGGGUUCCAAGGCGCCAGCCACAGACCCGUGCCAGCUCAGCACCCAGGGCCGAUACCUGGUGGUCUCCAGCGAGCCCCUGGCCCUGGCGUCCGUGAACAGAAGUUUCCUCCUGGCGGUGCUCUUGCUGGGGGUCACCCUCUUCGUCCUUGUCCUGGCUCUGUUUGCCCUGCAGGCCUACGAGAGCUACAAGAAGAAGGACUACACGCAGGUGGACUAUCUCAUCAACGGCAUGUACGCCGACGCCGAGAUGUGAGGCCCGGCCCGCCUCCGCCUGCCAGAGCCCCAAUCAAGUGCUUCCAGACUCUUGGUACUGCUUAGGAGACAUGCCCGAUGCCUCAGCACAUUUAACUGCUGUCAGAUGAAUUCCGCCAUCACUAAAGAGUUGCUGCUUUUUUCAUAUUUAUUUUUGUACCGAUCAUGUUGGCCAGCAGGCCGCGAUUCGGCCGCGGGGCGGGGCAGGCACCCUGGGGUGGGUUCUGACCUGGAUUAAAGCAAUGACCCUUUCGGCUCA